AAGGCUCCAUGAAAAAAUCUGUGUAAGCGAAGUUGGAAGAUGACAUGAAAUCCCAUUAGAUCUAUCGUUCACUGAGCAGAGUGAUGAGACAUCCGCUUGAUCCUUAGUAAUUAGUCGACUUUCAUGUGUUUCAUCUCUGCCCACAAGAUAUGAUCAUGAUUUCCAUGAUCUACAAAAAAGAACUCCCGACUCAUUCAUCUGAACAAAAAACAGAGAAUUUUAUAGGGUCCUCCUCCUCUCUCUCUUUUCGCAAUUUUAACGCCGCUUCACUUGUUGGAGACCGAAGAGAUUUUUUUUCGCAUCGAUUUAAUAGGAAAGCAGUUUUUCGGAACUUUUCCUAUAGCACACCACCAAAUAGGAAAGUAGUUUUUCCUAUCACACACACACCUUCUCCAAAAUGGCCAAGUCUCCAGCCAAGUCUCCUGCCAAGGCCAAGUCUCCGGUCAAGGCCAAGUCGCCGGUCAAGAAGCCCGGCUUCUUGUCCAGCCUCAUCCAGAGCUUGUCUCCGUCCUCCAAGCCCAAGUCGCCGGCUAAGUUAUGAUGUGAAGACUACCUAUACAAAUAUCGAUUUAUAGAAGAAUAGUUUCUACGAAACUUCUACUUUUCUCUACUUCUACUUUGUCUCGAUCUACUUUCUACUUUACUUUUACUUCUAGUUUCUACCACUCUUCUUAUUUCCACCCUCUCCCUUGUUACCCUUCCCUUUCAUACUCGUCUCCGGCCAAGUCGCCGUCCAAGAUGAAGGCGACGCAAGCCAUGAUCGACGCUGCCGCUAAGGGCAAGGCGAAGGCUAUGGGUCGCGCGGUUGCUCGUGAAGCUGCCGCCAAGGCAGUGAAGAAGGCGGGAAACAAGAAGAAGUAAAAGUGAUUGAAGUGGUAUUUGCGGUAAAUAAGCACCAAAGAAAAUAGAUCUUACGCAACGUACAACAUCUUAGCAAAAAGGAAAAGAGGUUGGAAAUAGAAUUCUAAUAAACAUCUAUGAGCCAGUUGUUGUUGACAGGAAAAAGCGUACUCAGACUCAAGAAAAGAGGCACUUUCCUAUGUAAAGCGUAGGCAUGUAUUCUUGAGGAUGAGUACACUUACUUCCGUCAUAGUUGUUGUCAAAAAUUUUGUUUCGUCGCAUGAUAAGGACUUCGGAUCCAACCUCGCACAAGUCAAAUGAAACCAAAGACGAAAGGUUGGAAAUAUUAGCUGGGAAAAAGUCAUUAGUCUUCUAUCAUGAACAUUGAUAUUCACUUACAUAGCGCAAUACUAUCAUCAUAAAAAAGACAGAUUACCGAUUACAUGGAACAGAUGUGCGUAUUUAUCACGGUUUUGAUUUUUUCGAGAAACACAUCAUUACUGAAAAUAGGAUAAGAAUCGUCCUUGACUAAGUAGUAGAUGUGGCAUAGUCGAUCGUGAAAUGAAGAAGUAGUACUUAGCACAAGAAAAUUGAUAGGAGCCAUUACUUCACCGAACAAAUAGAUUACCACCACGCAGCAACACUAAUUUAACGAUCACUCAUAGCUACCGCGCACUAAUUUAACGGUCACUCAUAGUCUUGGUAUGGAUUUACAAAUAUCAACUCGUCAGCGAUCCUCUCUUCUCAACGACAGUGGUGGUCUUUGUUGAGGAUCGUAGACGGGUUUGGAAAAA